UGAAGUGACGCGUGAUGACCGGGAACCUGCCGGUGGUGUCGGGAUGAGGAGAGAGUUCACUGGGGGACAUUAGAGGAAUCAGCCUGUUGCUCAGAUCCUGCACGCGUUUCUCCAGCGGAGCCAGCGGGAGGUCCGAUGGCAGCGAGGCGGACCAGGGGCACGACCGGUCCGGAUCAGAGCAGGACCACAGCGGCCCGGGCCACUGCUAUAGCCGAGCAACUGCACCAUGAGUGCUGCAUACUACUGGAGCUUUAUAGAAAGAAGGAGAGGUUCACCGUGGAGGAGUUGGUGUCUGACCGUCGCCUGGUGUCUGUCCCUCCUCCCUCCUCGCAGCUGGACACCGGGGACACGCUCUGGCGCCUCCACUCUGCUCUGCUACAGUGCCGCAGCUUGCUGGAGAGAGCCAUCGCCAAAGAGGAACAGGAGCUGGGUGGCGGGAAGAAGGGAGACUACGAGACCAUGAGGAAAAUGGUGAGGGACAGACUCACGCUUCUCCUAAUCAACACAGAGAUCCUCAAGGCUGUGGAUGGUGCAGCAGUCCUUACCCCCAAUUUGGACGGACUUGAGUUAGAAGGUCCGAGCAGCCUGUUUGAGCUGAAGCUUUGGAUUUAUCGGAUCUUCAAGGAGGUGGAGCACUGGAGCAAGACAGCCAUCACCACCUUGCAGGGCCUGCCCACUGUGAUGGACAAGGAGCGGGCGAGGGGCGCGCGGCUCCGGAGCAUGAGGAGCGCUCGGAGAUGAGGAGUGUGUGUGUGGGCGAAGUGGAGGAAUGAGAGAGAGAGAGAGAGAAAAAGAGGUUAGAAAUGGAGAGGUACGGGAGUGAAGGAAUGGAAAGAUGAGUUGAGUACGGGCCAAAGUGAGAAACUGGCUGAUAUGGAGAGAGAAUGAAAAGAUGAGAGAUCAUCAUCAGCUAGAAGAGACACAUACAGAUCUGGCAGAGAGAGAAGUGUUGAGAGGGUGGAUUUCUCUUCUGUUUACAGGAUCUGAGGCUUCAGACUCUCACCAUUCAGAGCUAAUAUGAACAUCUGAUGGAAAAAGUGUAUUUUAAAUAUGACAGAUUCUAAUACAUUUAUGUAUUUAUUGUUUCUAUCUAUUAGAUGAAAUCUAACGUGUAAAUUCAGAGGUAAGAUACUUUUUCUUUCUUUCACCACGAGGAAACUAAAUUGUUUUCCUUGUGCUUGCGGUACUUCUUCUGUACAUCUGAAGUUAUAAUUUAAGAUAUACUUCCAGGUUUCACACAUACUGAUGAAAAUAAGAACAUUUGAAGAACUGUAGGUUUGAAUACUGUGGCUUUAAAUGACCCCAAAUAGAUUAUUACCAGGGGAUGUUCAGAGGGAAAAAUAUGUAACAGCACCCUUUAGUGUUUACAUAUUGCUAUUGCAUACAAUUUAUUCCUUCCUUUCUUUCUUCAUUUUCCAGGAUAAUUCCAAUUAUGUCAAAUGAUGCUGUGGUCUAAUAGGUUUAUGUUAUAUUGUUACACUUUUUGUUUAAAAUAUGUUUUAUUGAGCCAAAGAAAGUUAUGUCAACAGAGUAUACUGUGGAGUCCUCGCUCAUAUUCAUAAAACAAAAAGAACUAUAAAAAUGAUAAUACUGAACAUUCAUAAAUUAUAAAGCCAUUGAUAUCUGUGUACACUAUCAGGGUUAAAUGGUUCCACUUGAAAAGGAUACAUACUCAAAUAAAUUAAAAAAAAUUCACACAGACAGGUAAAUAAAUGUGUAUAUGCUUAAUAAACAAACGAUUUAUACUCAUACUACCUAUAUAAAUAAGUAAACUAGAAUGGAACUAAGUUGAGCAUAGCACUGCCAAGGUCCCAUUAGAUUCAAUCAUGCUGCACCAAAUUACACACAAUCAUAGAUAUCAGUCCUAUGAAUGUGCCUGAUGUUUUUUAUAAAGAUCCAUGAAUUAUUCUCCAGGACUUGGGUGAAAAUAUCCAAAAAAGUAUCUUAUAAUGUUAAAGAAAAUGCUACAAAAACCUGGAUCUGUACUAAAAUGUAAUGGCCUCUUUCUUGGCCCAUGUCCCAUCCUUUCAUCUGUUUUUGCGUAAAACUGCUGACAAAUAAACCAAACUACCGAGCAGCGGCAAAUAGCAAACAGUAAGGUUAGAAAAUUCACAAUCUAUGUCUAAGACAAAGAACAUAACUCAGAUGAGGUCGUCUAAGAAAUAUAUUUAUAUAUACUUAUUUUAUUCAUCCUCAUUAUCUAAACCCACCAUUUCCCACUGUCCCCUAUCUUUACUCAAUUAUUUGUUGGGUACAAUUGGAUAGUUAGGACCCUAAGCAAUGAAACCAUUUCAUGGACAAAUGAAUGUGUUGUGGAAAUACUUAAAAUCUGCAAACUUAAGUGAUAAAUAACGGCCUAUUGUCAUUUAUUAUAUCCUACUGAUUUUAAGUCACAAAAGCUGCAUUUGACCUCAGCAAGAGGGCGUCAAAAAUCAUGUCCUUCAUCACAAUAUGAACAAAGGUUUUGAGGCACAUUUAACAUUUUGACUCGAUCCAAAUUCAGUCAGCAGCCAAAAAGAAUUUUUGUCCAUCACGUGGUCGUCAUCUGUCCACUGAGCAGCUGCAACUUGCACUGAGUUACUCGACAUAAACUGUAAAAUAGCCGACAAGUUAAGUCUUGGAUCGACACAUGCCACGCUGUUCUUUAUUCGGCUGCGGUACUAAUUAAAUUAGCCUCAGCCAUAGACUCGCUUCGUCUUUAAUAAUGCAUGAAGCUUCGGGGCAAGUUAAAGGAAGAAGAUACUGUGAAUUGGAUUGAAUCCUAUGUAGAAUAGUCUGGUCUAGAUAACCAAAGAGAUCCAUGACCACGUUUACUAAGUCCUAUGCAGUAUUUUCAUUUCAUGUAUAAGGGGACCAUGUAACAUUGAAACGUUUCUUUAGGUCAAGGGCUGCAGGUUGCAUUGAGUUCAUGUUUGCAUUGUUACAUGCUGUGGGUUGAUAAACUGGUAGUAGCUGCACUGGAAGUUUAAACAAAAGCCUGUGUGGUGCUCGAGCGAUACAGGAAACUGGAUGUUGUUACUGGAAGGAAACGUGAAUUCAUUUGGUCAUUUGAUCUGAGUCACCAUCAUUAAUUCCCAGAUUCAAUUUGACCCCUGAGAAAACAAGAGCUACUGCUCAUGUGAAAAAACGUAUUCACUGAGUGAAGAAUGAAUAUUCAUCAUAAAGCAGAAAAACAUCAGAAAUAUAAAAUUAUGGGAGUGCAGUGCGUUUUCAUAUGAUACACUGUAAAUGUAAUACAUGUAUUACAUUUGCUGUUCCGUAAGGGAUUUUGAGGGGAUGUUUUAUGUUUGUAUUUUCUAAAUCUACUCUGAUGAUGAACUAUUGAACUGAUGAACUGCUGGACUACACAGAGCAUAAGACUUCUUUAUUUUAUUUUUUCUUUCCAAAAAGGAUUUUCCGGCUCUGCUAUCUGUUCUGACUUGCUUGAUUUCCUGGCCUGGUUGGCCCCGGAUCAAGAACAGUCAAAGACAAGAGAACUUAAGCCAUAGUUUGAAUAUCCUGUCAAUGAAUUCAAAGGCUUAGCAAAGACAUUACUCCUACUGUAGUAACUGUAUGUGACAGCAUUUUACUAUGGAAAGUCAUUGUGGUGGAGUUUUUUUCCUGUCUCAGUUGGUGUAUUCAUUGGUCUCAUUGUCUGUGUGUCUUUGAUUCUGUGCUUUUGUUGGUCUGAAUGCAGGAGCCUGAACUUUAGCUUUAUGGGGAGACAGCCUCAUGUCACAGCUCUAUAGCUGUUUUAAGACAUGAACUCCGUAAAAUAUCCUGGAAAAUUAGUUUUUUUACAUGUGAUGAGCACAGGAGGAGAUUGUCCAAGUAAGACACGUUCUCAACAACAGGAACAUGUCGGAAACAUCCAGGCGACAGAGUAGAGCAUGUAGGAGGCAGGGCAUGACAGAUCAAUUCCACUGUGGGAAUCAUGUUUGGGUGACCAUAUCACCAUAAGCCCACAAAACGAAUCUGUCCAAGUUGACAACUUUGUAGGCAUCUUCUCUGUGAAUGGCACCUGUUUUUCAUCCGGAAAUAUUUGUUGUUAUAUUGUUUUUGAUUGUUAUUUUUUCAAUUUGGGUGUCGAUCAUUUUAAGGACAUUUUCCUGCUGUCUUCUUACAUUAACUCAUUCGGAGAUUUUUCGCACAUUUUACGAGGGUGCUGGCCGGAACAGGUACAGGAAAUGACAGUUGUCUAGGACAUUUCGUUGUCACGCACAACCUCUUCAGGAAAAUCUCCAGGGUUAAGUCCUCGACUGAAAAUGGCUGUAGACUCAUUUUAGCCUGUCAAUCUCCCACAGACCACGGUCAGAACAGUGCUCCUGUCUAAAUUGUUGUUUUUAUGUGCUAUUGAUUGAUUGUAUUACUAUUUUUUCACUUUUACUACGUGUCCUUCCAAAUGUAUUUUGUUACGCCACCAAGUGCCCUCUCCUGUGACCUCUGGUUUAGCGAGAGCUAGCUGGAGACAAAUGGCUGCCAGCACAAAGAGAGGAUUAGGUUACCAUCACAUCUGUCUAUAAGCAGCCAUCAUACAGCAGGAAGCAGCCACACUCAUUAGGUUUGUCAGCUUUAUCAUAAAGAAUGUGUGACGAACCUUCUUCAUCCCUGAUGGUAGCGAAGUGGACUUAUUGAUUUAUGUAUGAAUUGUUUCAGUGUCAUCGACAUCAUUCUUUGUAUGGUCAAGCGACAAUAAACCCUGUCUUCCAAAUGUG